AUGAUCGACCCUGUCGGAGCAAUCGCGGCCGCCACAGCCUCAAUUGAUCAAUCCCUCAAACUUAUCCGACGAGUCUCUACAGCCAUUGAGAUCCAUAAGAAUGGCAGAAAGGAACUAGAGUUUAUUUUCAAUGACCUCUCUAGUAUCGCUCAAGUCAUAGAGCUUGUCCAAACCAUUGAAGAAAUCAGAACCAGAGGAGUCCUUAAAGCCUUAGCAAAUAUGCUAAAACAUGCUGAAAAGCUAGAUGAUCAUAUCCAGCAGGUCAAAAAGAAGGGCAGCACUGGAUCUUCACUUCGUCGCGCCGCUCACCACUUCAUGACUGGCCCUGAGGAUCUAGAACACACUAAUAGAGUUGUCAAUGAGCUAGCAUCUCUCAAGACAACCCUCAUCCUUCAUAUCCAAGUGGCUCAUGUUGGCCUUGUUGUUCAAAAUGAUCGGGACACGAGUGCAAAGCCGGGUUGCACUCACAUGUUGGACAGUUCGGUUCUCCAUGGGGUGAAUCACAUUGUUGAGCAGAGACUCGGCAAGGGACAGGGGCUGAAGAUAGCGGAAUUCCUCCGAGACAGGAGCGCAGACAGUGAUGGCAUGAUUCGCCUCACGCAAGAGGAGUAUGAAUGCCUCGUAUUUCAUAGUUUGGACGAUAGUCAAUGCAACCAAGAACUUGGCACAAUUCGCGUUGCUAAUAACCAGACCUUUGAUCAAGCCCUGCAAAUCAACGGAUUCAUAACCGAUGAUUGGAUGGAGUUUAGUCACAACCUAAUUAUCGAGGACAAUGAGGCUCGCAACCAGUCUAUUCAGGUCAAUGUACCUACUAAGAGGCAGGAGUUUGCCGAGCUUUUGGCCAGCAGAAACAAAAUGCUCGAAGUGAUGCCGAGUUCGGCUUGGGCACCAACCCCACUGAUGCCAAAGCAAAGUAUCAGAAGCCUGGAAUGA